AUGGUGACGCUCUCUCAGGAGGAACUUGACGCGCUUGUGCAGGUGCGAGCGUCCAAGAUGAUAGAGCAGCAACAGAAGGUGCUAGCCGAGCUGCUGGCACAACAAGUAACUUCAGCAUCUAGAGGUCGAGCCGUGCACGAGGACCGUCCAGAACAUCUCUCCAAAUGGGGUCAAAACAAAGGUCCAACCGACAUCAAAGAAAUCUGCCGAACACUCCGUGUGUACGAGAUCAAGCUGAACUUGGGCAAGUGUCUGUUCGGCACGAAGAGCGGGAAAUUUUUGGGCUAUAUAGUUACCGAGCAGGGUAUCGAGAUGAACCCUAGCAAAGUAAAAGCGCUGCAAGAUAUGCCACCUCCAAGGAAUUUGAAGGAAGUUCAGCGCCUCACCAGUCGGAUAACGGCCUUAUCCCGAUUCAUCUCCAAGACGAUCGACCGGAGUCUACCUUUCUUCAAGAUCUUGCGCCGAGCCAUCAAGUUCCAGUGGGAUGAGGAGUGCGAUCGAGCAUUCGAAGAGCUAAAAGCCUAUCUCAAUUCACUACCGGUACUAGCCAAGACAGUCAUCGGAGAGUCUCUCAGGAUCUAUCUGUCAUUGACCGAGCAUGCAGUCGGCUCGUCCCUUGUAAGGCCGAACGGCGAGGAGCAGCCGGUGUAUUUCUUGAGCCAUAUUUUAAAAUAUGCCAAAUUUUGCUAUACUGGUCUCGAGAAACUUGCUUUCACACUAGUAGUCGCCGCUAGGAGGCUUCGCCCGUACUUCCUCGCGCACACAAUCAUUACUCCCAAACCAGAGGUUGCUUGGAAGAUAUACGUGGGUGGAUCAUCCACUCGGCAGGGAAGUGGAGUUGGGGUGCUGCUAAUCUCCCCCCAAGAAGAACGAAGACAUUUGUCCGUUCGGUUGGAGUACCGGGCAACAAACAACAAAGCCGAGUACGCGACACUCAUAGCCGGCCUGCAGGCCGCUCGGCACGUUGGAGCUAUCAAGGUUUUGAUUCACUCAGAUUCCCAGUUGGGCGCACAACAACUCACUAGAGCAUUCGAGAGCAACAACUUGAGGCUCAGACUUUACGCCGAGGCCUUUGAGAAAUUGAAGGCUAACUUCCGGGAGGUGGUUAUACAGAAGAUACCCCGGGCAGAAAACCAAGCGGCGGAUGAGCUGGAAAAACUGGCCAGCUCCAUAUCGUCGGUCGUCGUCCAGCAGUCGAUCGAGCAGGUCUCCCUGGUGGCACACAUCGACCGAAUGGAGGGGCUCAUCUUCCCGAGUGACUGGAGGACUUCACUGAUAGAGUUUCUGCAAUCCGGAGCGACGCCUCCCGACCGGGAAGAGGCCCAUCGACUGAGAAGAAGGGCGAGUCGGUUCACGUUGAUCAGAGAUCAGCUAUAA